AUGUCUGACCUCUUCCGGCAAAGCAUCAACAAGGAAACGCCACCCCGUCCCAAACCUACCCCCAUAACCUCCACAGACCCCGACGACAACUCUUCCUCCUCCUCCUCCGCCGACUCCACUGCCUCCAUCAACACAGUCCGGCCCACCUCCAGCGAACAACCUCCUCCUCCGGAACACUGGUCUAAUUAUUUCGCCCAAGAACUAUACCUCUCCUCAUCCACUCCCACAUCAUCAGCAACCUACCAUGUCUACCUCACCCCACCCACCGACCCCAAAAAGGGACCCCUCUUCAUCACCCACCACGGCGCCGGCGCCUCUGGCCUCUCCUUCGCCCUACUAGCCCAAAACCUCCGCCACCGACUCCCUGAAGCCGGAAUCCUGUCCCUCGAAGCCCGUGCCCAUGGCUCCGUCGUCAAAUCCCCAGAAGACGACAAAGAGAUCCCAGACUUCUCCAUCACGACCCUCACCGCCGACGCUCUAGCCAUGAUCAACCUCACCGUCGCCCACAUGACCUGGCCCACCCUGCCCCCUUCAAUCCUCAUCGGCCACAGCCUAGGCGGCGCCGUGGUGACCCAACUCGCCACCGACUUUGCCCUGGGCACCGCACUCGUAGGCUACUGCGUGCUAGACGUCGUCGAGGGCUCCGCGCUCGAAGCCCUGGGGCACAUGCAAACAUACCUCGCAUCCCGACCUUCCUCCUUCGCCUCCGUGGACGAAGCAGUAGCCUGGCACACCCGCACGCGCACGAUCCGGAACGCGGAAUCCGCCAAAGUCUCUGUGCCCGGCCUAUUGAAACCCCUCCCUCCGUCCUCUGCAGAAAGCAAAGCGAGCGGGUAUACAUGGCAAACCAACCUCGCAACAACAACCCCCUACUGGCCCACCUGGUUCACCGACCUCUCCCCUCACUUCCUCACGGCACGGGGGGCCAAACUGCUCAUCCUCGCCGGCACAGACCGCUUGGACCGCGAACUGAUGAUCGGACAGAUGCAGGGGAAGUUCCAGCUCACGGUGAUACCCGAGGCGGGACACUUUGUGCACGAGGAUGCGCCGGAGAAGGUGGGGGAGGUGGUGGAGGGGUUUUGGCGGCGGAAUGAUCGGGGGAGUAUGGUGUUGCCGAUGAAGGUGGAUCAGAUGCUGGCAAAAGGCAUGAAAGUCUGA